AUGGUCUACUACGGCUUUGCAUUUUUCUGUUUAGCAACCAUUGCAAACGCAGCAGUGAGCCCCAAGUCCCUAAACUCUGAUAUUUCUAUUGUUAUUCACAAUGAUCUGCUAGAAGCCGAAAGUCCUUUAUCGGGUUCAGGGAUCCUGGUGCUCGAUGCGAGACCAUGGCAAGAAGCCACUGAAAGCUGUCAAAAACUUGGAGGGACGCUCUGGGGGACUGAGUCUAGUUACAGAGAUAUUCGAAACGGCUUGGACUAUCUUGUAUUCCAAGGCAAGUACACUCGCAGUCAACGUUUUUGGACUGCCUCGGACCAUCGCAAACUGUCGACCAUCGACACAAAUGGUCGGGUCAAUAAAGCCUCUGCAAAAGAAAAACUGCCCGUUCUUUGUACACAAAGUGCUCCUUUAUCCAACAGUACAUUUCAGGAUAUAAGUGCUCAAUGGCAGGUGACUGUCCACUCUAACGAUGAGUAUCUCACUGGAUUCAGAGAUCGAUUCAGUUUUCGCUUCCUGGGAAUUCGCUAUGCUAAAAAGCCCCGACGAUGGGACUAUGCCAAAUCAUAUAGAGGGACUGGCAAAAAAGCUUCUGCUCUCAACUAUGGCUCUGACUGUACACAAGGCACAACUGGUUCAGAAGACUGCCUGUUUCUUAAUGUGUGGACUCCCUAUCUUCCUAAGAGCAAUAAAGUCAGAAAGAGCUACCUCAAACCUGUGAUGCUUUGGAUUCACGGCGGAGCUUUCAUUGGCGGUACUGGCAGUGACCCGACAUUCGACGGCAGCAAUCUAGCCUCGAGAGGCGAUGUUGUGGUUGUCACAAUAAACUAUCGUGUGGGAACAUUGGGAUUCCUCGCCCUAGAUGAUGGCAAGACCAACGGAAAUUACGGAUUGGCAGACCAGACCACGGCGCUGGAGUGGGUUCGUCGAAACAUUCAGGACUUCGGGGGCGAUCCGGACAGGGUGACAAUCUUCGGCCAAUCAGCCGGUGCAGCGUCAGUACGGGCACUGCUUGCUUCUCCUGUAGCACAAGAUAAAUUCGCUGGUGCAAUCAUGCAGAGCAACCUUGGCGGCUUGGCUUAUGGCACAACCUUCUCGAAAUACUAUACUAUCGCGCAAGAGAUGGAUGUUGUGGGGAAUGCUAUUCUCAACGAGACAAAAUGCACAGAUGCUGCUUCACCAGUCGAGUGUUUGAGAAAACUCCCCGCGUCAACGAUUGCAAAUCUCGCCGACUCAGCGCGGUAUCUGGUUGUUGACGGCGUCUACCUCCAGAUCUCAGAGCUGGAUUUAACAAACCCAGCAUCAACUGCCAAUGUGCCUUUGAUGAUCGGUAUGAUGAGAGACGAUGACGCUGCCAUACUCGGCUAUCCUAGAGUGGGAGAAACUCUGAAGUCCUUCCUCAAUGAAUCUGAUCUGCCUGACUCAGUUGUACCAAGCCAGCUAUUCCCUGUGCCAUCAACCGCCAACGCUACACUCGAUAUCUUCAACACAUCCUCUCGCAUAGCCACAGAUGCAAUAUUCCGCUGCAUCAAUAAAGCAACUGCACAUACAGGCUCAAGGAACCACAUAUUCCCCGAUAUCUUCUACUACGAGUUCAACCGUUCAUACCAAAUGCCAAGCUGGUCACCGAAUGCCCCGGUGUGCAACGCUCCCAUCACAGAUGAGUUCCCAAAUGGUGACCCUAGCCAGGAGUACUUUAAAUGCCAUUCCGGUGAGCUGUUCUACGUGUUUGGGAGUUUCCGUCGCCAGGGAUUGCCGUUCCGGGAUGAGUUGGAUUUACCCUUUGGGCAGUAUGUACUGGAUUCUUGGGCGAGUUUUGCGAGGGUGGCUAGGCCUACUCCUGACUUGGCCUUUUUGAAGGCAAGAGGAUAUUACAAUACAACUCGGGAGAUUGAGGCAAAUGGGCCAUGGGAGUCAUUUCGUAAAGAAAGUCAGCUUCGGCUGCUUCAGUGGCCGUCAGGGAUGAGGGAUUUGGAUGAAUUGGAGCAAUGCCGUGCAUUAAAAUUGCCUUUGAAUUACUUUGAUUCCUAG